AUGAUCGUUCAAAAUCUGACAACUACCGCCCGGAAGAAAUCACAGGAUGCCAAAGAGAUGGUGGGUCUUCUGACAACGUUCUACAAUCAUACCCAAAGCGAUGAAAAGAAUGCCAUGUAUAUCAAGCAGCAGUUCUUGACGGGACCGAGGGACCGAACGACCAACACCCGGAUGCUCAAGGCUGAUGGUAAAGAGUUAGAGCCUUAUGCAGAGUUGUUAGAUGCUGAGGUCACCCGACUUCAAGAAGAGAUUGAGAAGUCAGUUGAGCGACAGAAGAAAGAGAUGGACAUCUGGGGCCGCAGCAAAGAUACCGCGAUUACAUUAGGGGUUGUUGGUGUCUUCUGUGUCUGGCUGUGGGUUGGCGCUGGGGUGCAUACAGACCGAGCAAAGAAAGCCAUGAGGAAAUAUAACGAACGCGUGGAGCAACUCUGUAAAGAUAGAACGCACAAAGACAACGUCGUUCGUCUUCUGGAGCUUGUAAGAUCUUUGACGAACCAAUUGGAGGAAUUGGCCCCCAAAAUGAAACUAGCCUUGAAUGCAAUGGAAGAACUCCAAGGCCUAUUCGACAAACAGGAUUACUAUUUCCAGAUUGUUGACCAGAAACUUGACAAUAUUGAAACUGGUGUGGAAGGGGUUUCCUUUAACGCACGGCAAAAUUGGAUCUUGGGUGGUAUCGACGAAGCUGUGGAAACAUUCAGCAACAUCUUGGGACAGAAUUUCAAAGAGGUGCGGAUCCAAAAAUAA